AUGCUUAGUGAAAGACAUACAAAUUUAGCAAUUUCUAAUUGGCUCUUGAAAUGGAUAAGUUGUGACAUAAAAAAACCCAAAGAAACGGUUUGUGACAAUUCACUAGCUUUGCUUUCAGCUAUCGUUCAAAGCUUUACUCAGUAUUCGUCUUUGCAAGACUAUGUAAGAGUUUGUUCUGACCUGCUUACGCAAGAAAUUUCUACCAAUUCACAUUUUCUUCCUAGAUGUUUCAUACGUAUCGAUGUAGCACAUUUUAUAAAAAUUUGUAGUAAGUGGACACCACUAAAGACAGUUUCAAGAAGAAUUAGGGAAAUUGUACUCCGCUUAGUUGGAAUUUUAAUAAAAUGCCAAAGUUUAUCAGAAGUCCGCUGUCUACUGAUGUCAAUGUUUGUGGUCUUCACCAAUGAAACAGACGGAAUAAAUUUAGAUGGCCAGGAAACUGCAUGUGAAUUACAUAAAAAAAAGUUAAUUGAAGCUACAUCAAGUGGGUUUAUUGAAUUUCAUCAAGAAUUUGAUAAUAUGAUAGCUCUUGCUGAAACAGAAGAUGAUGCUCGAACUUUAAUGGAAGAAAUGUAUGAAGCUCAAAAUGAAGGACUUGAUGAUUAUGAAAAUCCUUUUAAAUCUUGGGCGAAUAAUAUAUAUGAAAACAGCAAAAGUUUUGUGCAGGAAGGAUCAGGGAUAAACCCAUUAUUUAUUCCAACAUUGGUGCCAAUUUUAAUAAAAAUAAUGAAACUAUUACCUUUAUGGUCUGGUGUAAUGGUGCCAAUAUUUGGCUAUGGUGAUGACGUUUCGAGCUCAGCUGCAAUAGAAUCAAGUUUCAAAAAACUUAAAGUUGUAACUUUUAAGCAUAUACCUCUGCCAACUGACCUUGAAACAUUUUUGACCAAUCAUAUUGAUUCACUAAAAGGUGCUACGCUUUUAAGAUCUGCUAUACAUAACAAUGAAUCUUUGCCACCUAUGGAAGAGUCAAAUCAGGUAAUUUUUAAUGAAAAUGGAUAUUCACCACCGAGGUUAUAUGAAAAUCAAGAGAACCCGAUACCAUUAAACAUAAUUGAUGAUAAUAUCAAUGAAUAUCAACAAGUUUAUGAAAAAGAAGUAAAUAUUGAAUGUCAAUCACUAUUAAGAUACAAUAACGAUGAUAAAAACUAUGAUUCACCACCAACAAUACAUAAUAUGACGAAACAAAUUCCAGGUGAAUUAUUCGAUGUUACCGAUGAUUCACAUGAUGAUUCAAAUUCUUCAUUAUACUGUAUUGUGAAAGAAAACCAACUUAGAUUUGUUCCAAUACGAAACCAAGAAAACAGCGAAGAAAUUAAAGCAACAGAAAGUUGGAACAGAAAAAGUGCCCAGCAAAGAAAAAGUAACUCUUACCUUGUGCCAAAUUCUCAUUUACGCCAUAUAAGAAUAACAAAUUCAUCAAAACAUCAACGAUCGUUGUAA